GUUAAAAUAUUGUCAGUUGUUGUUUGUUCCUUUGCAGUUUGGGCUUAUAUAAACAGGUUUUGCUGUGAAUCUAUGCUGUCACAAAUUUUCUUUAACAAGUUUUAAGUUUUAAUUAACACAUAAUCACUCGUGAAUUUUGAGCUGUGGAAUGGAUUACAAUUAUGUUAUAGAGUGCAUUCCAAUCUAUAAAGCAGCCAUAGAAGGUGACUGGGAAACAGCAAAACGCAUCUUUAAGAAAGAAAAGAAAGACUUAAACGCGUCCAUCACGUGCUGGGGAGAGACCACUCUGCACAUAGCGGUGGGAACAAACAGUUCUCACCGCUUUGUGGAGCAGUUAGUAGAGCAGAUGAUGCAAAUUGAUCCACAGAUGCUGCUGACAGGGAACUGUUAUGGGAGUAUUCCGCUCCAAUAUGCUGCCAAGGUGGGGAAUAUACAAGCUGUAAGACUUUUAGUCAGUUUAAACCCUGAAAUGACUCAGAUUAAUAACAAUAUUGGGGAGACCGCCCUUAAGUUGGCAGCAAUGCACGCAGAGAGAGAGACGCUGUUGUAUUUGCUGGAGACGACGAAAGAUGUGGUUGGAGAGGACGGAACUAGUCCCUACAGGGGAGCACAUGGUGCUGAUCUUCUCUCCUUUAGUAUCUCAGCCGAUUUCUAUGAUGUUGCUCUGUAUUUAGUGAACAAGUACCCGGACAUUGUGCCAGAGACGAACAUUAUCAAUUCACAUACCAGCUUACAAGUACUAGCAGCAAAACAUACAGCUUUUCAAAGUGGAAGCGGAUUUGGAUUUUGGCAACGAUUCAUCUAUUCAUGGAUUCCUGUCAAUCGGGAGAAAGCAUUGAAGUCUCUUAUAGGGGGGAAAUCAGAGGUGUUUUCAACCCAAAACGGAACUAGAGCGAGCUCUGGCUUAAAUAUUUCCUUCUGGAGCGUACUUCAGUACUUAGCGCCACACAUCAAGCGGAUUCAUGACAGCAAAGUAAAGAAUGUACGAGCAGAAGAACUAGUAAAACAUAUGUGCUCCGCUGUUAUAAGGAAGGUCGACCAUGCCACUGCCUGGGAUGUACUGGGAACUGCAAUAGCAACCGCAGUAAAACAUGGCAUUCAUGAGCUUAUACAAGAGUGCAUCCAUCAGUAUCCAGGCAUCAUCUGGUACGAUAUAGAUGGAUUCUACUUGUUCUCAUUUGCAAUCAGGCACCGCUCAGAGAAAGUAUACAACCUUGUAUAUCAAAUGUCAGGGCAUAAGGCCUAUGUAGUGGCAGAGAGCCGAGAUGGAGAGAAUUCACUGCAUUAUGCUGGAAAGUUGGCGCCUCCACAUCGCCUCAAUACAGUCACUGGUGCAGCUUUGCAAAUGCAACGCGAGCUUCAGUGGUUCAAGGAAGUUGAAAAGCUUGUGAAACCUUCACACAGAGAAGCCUUAAACAACGAAAACCAUACACCAAGGAUGGUAUUCAGUGAUGAACACAAGGAGCUUCUUAAAGACGCGCAACAAUGGAUGAUAAGUACAGCAUCAUCAGCCACAGUUGUAGCAGCUCUUAUUGUCACCAUGGCAUUUGCAGCCAUCUUUACUGCACCUGGAGGAAACGACGACUCUGGAAAACCACUCUUUUUACGCGAUCCAGUCUUUACUCUGUUUGUAUCAUCAGAUGCUGUUGCAUUAUUCUCUUCAUCAACCUCUGUGCUGGUGUUUUUGUCUGUCCUCAGUUCACGUUUUGCCGAAGAGGACUUUUUAUAUGCUUUACCGAAGAGAUUGACGCUUGGACUAAUCUCAUUAUUCGUCUCAAUAGCAGCUACAAUGGUUGCAUUCAGUGCAGCACUUUCACUGGUGAUACGCGAUGAAAUACAUUGGAUCGCUGCUCCCGUUAUUUUACUGGCUGUGGUUCCGGUGACAUUGUUUUUGUUGUUGCAGUAUCCUCUGCUCGUGGAACUUGUUCGCUCCACGUAUGGAUGUGGCAUUUUCUACAAGCAAAACAAUUUGUUGCUUCAUUAGAUUACUAUUAUUAUAUCAUCUGUGCUUGUAUUCCUUGAUCGAUUAAGUAAUCUGCUGUCAUUGAGCUUAGUUGAGAUGUAAAUCUUUCUAUUUUGCUACUUGUAUUGAUCAAUUGUAAAUGUUUUCCAGCUACGGCGCAGAUAUUAAACACAGUUUGCAA